AUGGCUGUGAUAUCUCGUCAACUAGGAUUACUCAAACGCUGGUGGCGUUUAUUAAUUAUUAUACUUACACCACUUAUCUUAUUACCACUUCCACUUAUAAUAAAAACAAUUCAAGCACGAUGUGCUUAUAUUGUAUUAAUUCUUACAAUUUAUUGGGUAUUUGAAGUAAUGUCAUAUGCAGUAACUUCCUUACUGCCACUUGCUUUCUUUCCAAUGGCCGGUAUUCUAUCUAGUGAUCGCGUCGGUAUUAGUUAUUUUAAAGAUAUAAGUACAUUAUUUGUUGGAAGUAUGACAUUAGCUCAAGCAAUGGAACAUGUUCAUUUACAUCGUCGAUUAGCAUUAUUUGUUCUUAGUAUUGUUGGUUCAUCAGUUAAAUGGAGUAUGGGUGGUGUGAUGGUAGUCACUGCUUUUUUAAGUAUGUGGAUUAAUAAUUCAGCUGCAACAAGUAUUAUGAUACCAGCAGCAGUUGCUAUCAUUGAUGAACUUCAAAAUCAUGAACAAGAAAUGCAAAAACGAUCUGCUAUUCAUAAUAAUGGAAUUCAUCGAAAAUCAUUAGAAGUAGUUCCUGAUGAUCAGAAAAUAGAAUUAGGAACAGCUUAUGAAAGUCUUCCUAUUGAAUCAAACAAUCAAACAAUUGAUAAUGAACAGAAAUCUACAUUGACACGUCGUGUAGACUAUCAACAACUUAAAACUGCUUUUCUCAUUGCUGUCGCUUAUGCUGCAGCUAUUGGCGGUUUAGCAACAUUAGUUGGAACUGGUCCAAAUAUUUUUGUCAAAGGUUUUACUCAUGAUUUUUAUGCUUCAGGAGCUCAUGCAUUUGAAAUUUCAUUUACAAAUUUUCUCUUAUUCGCUUUUCCAAUCGGUUUUGUUAUGCUUAUACUUUGUUGGUUAUGGUUACAAUUAUUAUACAAUCAUCGAGAAUUAUUACCAUGGUUAAAAAAGAGUAAAGAUGAAAUAGCAUCUCAAAAACAUUUACAAUCUGUUCUCAAAGAACAAUACAAAGAAUUAGGUAGUCCUAGUUGGCAAGAACGUAUAGUUGCUAUUCUAUUUGUUAUAAUGGUUACACUUUGGAUAACACGUGAUUUCUCAACUUAUCCUGGAUGGGAAAUUAUUUUUGUAGAAGGUUAUGUUACCGAUGGAACAGUUGCGUUACUAAUUGGUGUAUUACCACUUAUUUUACCGAAUAAAAAUCCAUUUGAUAAAAAUUGGGAAUAUCAUCCUAUACUUCAAUGGGAUCAAUUAUCUAAAAAAUUUCCAUGGGGUGUAUUCAUGUUACAAGGUGCUGGUUUAGCAAUUGCUGAUGGAUUUAAAGAAUCAAAUUUAUCUCUUACAGUAGCCAAUUUUCUUCAAUUCGUUGUUGGUGCUUCUCAUAAAACGAUUAUUUUUAUUGUUAUUGUAUUAAGUGCAAUAUUUACCGAGUUUACAAGCAAUCUUGCAUGUGCCAGUAUUCUAUUUCCCGUACUUGACAGCAUUGCUCAGACUGCAGGAAUUCAUGCAGCACGUUUGAUUUUACCAUCAUGUAUGGCAGUUUCUCUUUCAUUUAUGUUACCCAUUGCUACUCCUCCUAAUGCAAUGAUAUUUUCGAGUGGUAAUGUAAGAAUUAUUCAAUUAAUUAAAGCUGGACUUGGUAUGAAAAUAAUUGGUAUUGUUGUUAUAUUUUUCGCAUCAUUGGUUUUAUUACCACCUAUCUUUCGUAUUCAACCAUUAAUAUCAGUUCUUAAUGAUACAUUACUAUUCAAUACUUCUACUAGUUCUUAA